GUCCUUGUCCUGGAGCUCGCCCCAUCUCCAUUUCCAUCCCCGUAACGCUGUUGAGAUCGGUCUAAAUUUAGAGGCGGCGAUGGUGGUGGGAGUUCCUUGAAGGGAUUCUGAGGAUGUUGUUGUUGGGUUGUUUCGCAAUACACAAGAGGAAGCUCGUUCCGCUUCCUCGGAUAUAGGUUGUUGUUGUGGCCUUGGGGAGUGGGAGAGUGCGAGCCCUGGGGUUUUGAGUGUGAGAGAGAGAACCUUAUUGUUGAGGUUUUAAUCACGAUGGCGGAUGCAGAGUCUGGUGCGGCUUCAACGGCGAGAACGAUAACAACGAGUUCGACGAUGAGCUGCAAUGAGUCCUCCUCUUUAUCCCCUCUCGAGUCGUGGUGCUUAAUUCCUGUAGUAUAAUAUCCCAAAUAUCACUGCCAUGAAGCUGUAGCUUCAGCAUAUUGAUCACCCAGACAGCAAAUAUGUUGCCGGGAGUCGAAGUGGCGCGGAGACGCCGAAUGCGAGCUCCUGCACAGCGACGAGAACAGGAUGUCCCCAGCGCCCAUCAGCUUGGUUCAAAUUCGUCGAGUGAAGGGCGUCGCUCUAGAGGAACGAGCAGUUCCGGUCCGUCCAAUUUGGCUCACCAUCACCACCACCACCACCACCACCAUCAUCACCACCACCACUAUCAUCAUCAUGCGUCUCGCUCAGCUUCUCGAAAUCCCGCUGCUCUGUCGACUCAAGUUCGUCGAUUGGUAUUUUUGUUUAACCUUGCCAAAACUUCCCAGACGGCUCGAUCUCACAAUAUCACGCUGGAUUAAUUUAACUAACAGGGACUCUCAAUCGCUUUUUCAAGAGCAUGACCUUCUACAGGAGCACCGCGCAGCUGCCUCUCUGCAACAAAAUAGUAACUUGAGCUUGUUAACUUCGUCAGGCACUCGGGAAGGUCGUUCAGGAUCAAGCUAUCGGGGUCCUCGAGGUUACCGGGGAGAGGAAUCUCGGCUAUCGACAUUGGCAAUGCUGUUAAGAGGCCAAGCCCAUGAACGAAGGUUGCAAGGGGCAGCCAUGGAGGCUCGUGACCGAUUAGACGAGCGCUUACGCUCCGCAGCCCUCCCCCCGAGAUUCUCUGCCAAUCCUCCCAGACAAGCAGUAAACUCAGCAAUGACGGCGGGAACCACUCAGUACGAGAUGAGCGUGUUCUCCGACACCGAUGACGAUGAGAAUCUAUGGAGUGACGAUGAAGACUGGGAGCGCACAGUGCGGGAGUGGCUUGCGACAUGGGCUCCCAGCCUUGAAGACCGGUGGCAGCCGGACCUCUUUGGUAGAAACCAUCAUCAUCACCACCGCCCAACAGCAGGAGAGGGCUCUCAUCCUCCCCACAAACCCCGAGAGGGUAUGAGCAAAGCUGCAAUCGACGCAAUCAAGCGGGAAACUCACGGUGCCAAGAGAGAAUCUGACAGCAGUUGUGACCAGGAAGAUUGCCCGGUUUGCUUAGAAAAAUUUCUGGCAGGACAGGGACUUCUAGCUCUUCCAUGUAACCAUAGGUUUCAUCCCAACUGCCUCAUUCCAUGGCUGGAGGGCCAUGAGCAAUGCCCCUAUUGCCGAGCUCGAAUCACGGAGGGGUCUUCCACGCCUGUCCAGCAAUGUCCGCAACAACAGCAGCGUGCGAGUGCCAGCGAAACUGAGAAUUCUUCCCAUUCCAAUUACUUGGUGUCGUGGAUGUCCGCAGUAGAACAAGGAAUGUCACGGUUGAGUCAUGGGUCAUCCUGAUCAUCUACUGUCUGGUUUUGAAUAUGUUAAAGAAAGAAAUUCGUGGUCAUAAAAGAGGUGCGUACUAAAUUGGGUAGUGUUCGUGCAUACAUAUAGGAUCAGAUAAACUAUAAUAUCACUCUGGGUGAGGUAUCUUACUACGAAUGUUGCGCUGGAUUUUCCACUGGAAUUCUGAGUUUUUAUUUACAUGCGAAACUCCGCAGGCAUGACGGUAGACUGCUUCAUCACUGUCAGAAACAAAUUGAUGUUGCCAAAUGGACAUUUGAUUUCGAGCUG